AUGAGCAAUCUUGAGAAGGCCCUCUUCCAGCUCAAGGCGAAGAAGGCGAACAAGGACGAGGCGGCUGAGAAGAACAAGCUGAAGGCUGCGCUGCAGAAGGGUAACACCGAAGGAGCGCGCAUCUACGCACAGAAUGCGAUCCGGAAGAAGACAGAGGGCCUGAACCUUCUUCGCCUGGCGUCGCGGAUUGACGCGGUGGCCAGCCGCGUGGAGACGGCCGUCACGAUGCGUACGGUGACGGGUAGCAUGGCCAACGUCGUGCGCGGGAUGGACAAGGCGAUGGAGAGCAUGAACCUCGAGCGGAUAUCCAUGGUCAUGGACAAGUUCGAAUCGCAGUUCAAUGACCUUGAUGUUCAAACGUCAUACAUGGAGUCGACGAUGAGCGACACGACUGCACUCACGACGCCACAGGACCAGGUCGACAGCCUCAUCAACCAGGUGGCGGACGAGGCGGGGCUCGAGAUCCAGCAUGGGCUCGGCGAGGCCAAGGUUCCAACGGAGCAGAUCGCGGCACCCGCGCAGACUGAGGGGCCGAUGGAGGAGGAUGGGCGUCUGGCCGAGCGCCUGCGUGCGCUGCGCCCAGCUGUUUAG